UAAACAUGAGCGAGCGACGCGCGCUCCCGCAACGUUUAUUUCAGCGGAUACGCGCGGCCGCGUGAACGCGCGAUAUGUGUGGGACGUUUUCGCGACUGACCAAGAACACAGCUCCGUACUUCAUCCGGUUAUAUAACAGAAGGUCUGAGGUCCUUAACUACCAGGCUGUCAGUAAGAAAGACCUAUAUGCAGCUGCAACACUAGUUUAUCACAUCGUUUGCAGAAAAUUACACGUUUACGUUAACGUUUUCAUUAGGGUUAAGUGAACUAAUCAGAUCAUGCCAAACUAGACUGUUGAUGACAGUUUAACUGGCAAGCAUUACAAACAUUUAACAAAACAAAAAUGUUUCCUUAUGAUAAUGCUGCAUUCAAAAAGAAAAACAAGUGAGCAAGCUUUAAGGUUCAUGUUGCUACAGCUCUACUAGUUAAAAACUCUAAUGUAUAGUGCACAGUCAGCUAGCCAUGCUGAGGCUAAUCCAUUGCAUUCCCCUCAACUCCAUUCUUCUCCCAAAGUGGGCCGACAUCGGGCAAAUGCUGGCAGAAAAGGCAGUGAGUGUGGAGUUGGCAGAAAGACCCUGUCAAUGGAGAACAUCCAGUCCCUCAAUGCUGCUUAUGCAGCCUCUGGCCCUGUCUAUGUGAGUGAUUAUGAGGCUAUAGCCUCCACUGCCUUCCCAAAAGGCACUAUGACACUGGGCCGCACCACAAGCCAUGGAAAGGCUCCCAACAUAAGCAGUAGUGCCAGCAUUAGCUCAUCUUUGGGGCAUCUUCAUUUAGAUUCAGUAGCAUAUGCAGAUCAUGGAGCCAUACGCCUCCUCCCACAGCACCAGUGGCCUUCUUCACCACUGUUACGACAAGCUGUGCGAGGUGUAGCCAGAAGAGAAGGAAACCCCCUGAUAGAGCAUCUAAGAGAAUUGCAAAUGGAUAACAACAUGUUCCGGAGAGAGCUAGAUUUGAGAGACAACACUCUUAGUAGUUCAGUCAACAGUAUCAAAACCUUCUGGAGUCCGGAAUUAAAGAAGAAACGUGGCAUAAGAAAAGAGAGUGUGUCAAAGGUGGCCAUGGUGAAGGAGCAGAUGAGUGCAAUGAAGGACAAGAACCAGCACCUCCAGAUGGCCAUCCACGCAUUACAGGAUGAGCUCUGUUCUCAAAAAGACUUGAAUGACCUCCUGCAGCAAGAGAACAGUACAGGCUCAUUAGGUUCACCUUCGGACCAUUUCCCUUACCUGGAGCCCACAGAGGACAACUUUCAUUAUCUCCAGGCUGAGCAUGAGCAGAAAACCAAGGAACUUUUCCUCCUUAGGAAAACUGUAGAGGAAAUGGACCAGCGCAUUAAAAAACAGAAACAUACACUGAACACUCGAGAUGAAUCCAUCAAAAAGCUGCUGGAGAUGCUUCAGGAAAAGGGUCUUACCAGGUCUGGGCUGCCUGACGAUGAGGGACUGAAGAUAUGUCGUGCUGAGGACAUGCUGGGCCAUCUGGGGAACAUUCUAGAGCAAAAAGAGAAGGAAAACAAACAUCUAAAAGAGGAGCUUCAUAGGAGAAACCAACAGACAGAUCCACCCAAGAGCAAAGCUUUACACAGUGUCAUUGACAUGAAGAGCACAGCACAUCCUUAUGGUUUUGACCCUGAUGUUAUUUGGCAGGACACCAAAAUUUCCUCACUGGAGCGGAACAUCCGUGAACUGGAAGAUGAGAUCCAGAUGCUGAAGACCAACAGUCACCUGAACAUGGACAAAAGAGAUGAGAGGCCCAAGCAGAUUGACGUUUACAAGAACCACUCCAAGUUCAUGAAGAGCAAGGAUAGGUUUAACUCACCUGUGUGUCUGGCAACUCAACAAGUGACUACUUGCUCGCUCAACCAAACAUACCUGCUCCCUCAGCAACAGAAGAUUUCAGAGCAAAUGAAAACUGAUCAGCUGAAGCAGGACUUAUCAAAAAAAGAGUCAGAGAUGUUGGCAUUGCAGACUCAACUGGAUACAUUGACCAAUCAGAAUUCAGACUGCAAGCAGCACAUUGAAGUCCUGAAGGAGUCCCUUUCAGCUAAGGAGCAAAGAGCAAAUAUCAUGCAGACAGAGAUUGAUGCUCUGAGGUUGCGUCUGGAAGAAAAAGAGUCCUUUCUAAAUAAAAAGAGCAAGCAGCUUCAAGAUCUAACAGACGAGAAAGGCACUCUGAAUGGGGAAAUUCACGACUUGAAGGACAUGCUGGAGGUGAAGGAGCGUAAGAUCGUUGUCCUGCAGAAGAAGAUUGAAAACCUACAGGACCAGUUAAAGGAUAAGGAUAAACAGUUGGGAUGUUUGAGGGACAGAGUAAAAUCUCUACAGACCGACUCCAGCAACACAGACACAGCCCUUUCCACUCUUGAGGAAGCACUCGCUGAGAAGGAAAGGGUGAUUGAGCAGCUCAAGGAAAAGAGAGAGAAAGGAGACUGGGAUAAACAGGAGGAAGUAGAAGUCUUUAAGAAGGAGAACAAGGAGCUAAAGGACAGGGUUGUGUCAUUGCAGACACAGCUCUUGGAGAAAGAGAGUCUGCUGCAAGGAAAACCAUUGGCCCUUGAACGAGAAGAAGCAUCACAGCUGAAUUCACAGAUCUCAGAGCAAUUAAAAGUCCUUGAAAAAGAGUUGACCUUCCAUAAAGAAGAAUCUGGAAAAUCCAAAGCAGAGGUGGAUAGACUUAUGGGGCUUCUUAAAGAGUUGGAGUCGGAGCGUACGCAAAAGGACAAGGCAAUCUUUGAGCUAGAGAGGCAGGUGACAGAACAGAUCAAUAAAAACCUGUCAAGCACAACAAAUCCCCAGACAGGAGAUAUAACACUGCCUGAUGGAGCAGCACAGCUGGAAGACCUCAUGGGUGCUUUGGAGAAGACAAGACAGGAACUGGAUGUUACUAAGCAGCAACUGUCCUCCACUCAAAAUUCUCUUGCUGAGAGAGAAAGUCACCUCAGCAGCAUGGUGCAGGAGCGUCGGAAACAGCUGGAAGAAAUUCUAGAAAUGAAGCAACAAGCUCUGUUGGCAGCCAUCAGUGAAAAGGAUGCAAACAUCGCCCUCCUAGAACUCUCUGCUCCCAAAAUGAAGACAAGUCAAGAGGAGGUGAUGGCCUUGAAAAGAGAAAAGGACAGGCUCAUGUACCAGCUCAAACAACAGACUCAAAGUAGGAUGAAGCUCAUUGCUGAGAAUUAUGAAGAUAGUCAUCCCCAUCAUUAUCCCAAUCAUCCUCAUCAUCCACAUCCUGGUCACCCGGGUCCAUCACAACAUCGCAGACUGUCAAGAGGAUUUUCCACUCACAGCAAUUCUCAACCUGAGCAGCCGGAGCAGCCUGAGCAACCUGAGCAGGAUGAUGAAGAAGGCAUCUGGGCUUGAUUCCUGGUCUAUUCUGGCCUGCUGCUCCUCUUCUGUUCAAUAGGGAAGUCUAAUGUCGAAGCUAUAAUAAUCACUGCACUGUCUCAUCCUUAUCUCUGUGAGGAGGGCCUCAUCUUUAACCCGAGCGGAAGGGGAAAGGGAUGAUGAGAAAGAAAAUAAGGAGAAGAGGAGUGAAUGAUCAGUGUUGAGUUGGUAGCAGUCUUUUGCCAUCAUUUGCUCUGGAGUUUAUUAUUAAUUGUUGCAAACGAAUCCAUCCAACGACAGUUAAAUGAUUUCCAGCUCUCCGUUAAGAAGGAAGUGGGCAGAAAUCUAAUCGUUGACAGCUGCUGCUCUUCUCAUCAGAUGCUCCUCUUCUGCCUACAUUUCUGAAGUUCCUCGUCACCAUUUGUACCAUAAUUGGCCCCUAUCACCACCAGCAACACAAUUUACUCCAUACGCACUCCUUAAACACCCCACGUACAUUAUGACCCAACCACAAAAAUGUUGCCUCCUUCAUAUGAAUCUUCAUCUGUAACCCUUCCACCCUUCCAUCAUUAGUUAUUCCUUUAUUUUUAUCAGUGUUGUGUAUAUUAAUAUGUAUAACAAACAAAAUGUAAUCACGGUUGUUUACAUUCAAAAUGGUUUUGCUGUUCUUUAUGUCUAUCUUAUAGGAUUUUGAUAUGAAAAUCUUCUGGUUAUGUUAUUAUAUUUUUGUUUAUAUGUAUUUUCUUCACAUAUUUUGUUUCUUUAUAAAAUUCUUUACAGUAUUCCAUUGAAGCACUUGUUGAUAGUAUCCAAGAUUCCCACCGCUAUUUUCUUUAAUGUCUCUGUAACAACACAGUGGUGAUUCAUCUGGUGAUGUAACAAAAAAAGGGUCAACAAAAUUUUAUGGGUCAAAUGUUCUCUCAUUCUGCUUCGCCCAUACCAGGAUAGAGUGUUGAAUGUUGAGAAAAAUAUCCUUCUUUGACUUCAACAGGCUACAAAAAGCAUUCUGACCCAUUUGUAGUAACACAUAUAUCACAUAUUUUGAGUUCACCGGUAUGUGUUUUGCUUUGACAGUUAUAUGUUGUGUGUUUUUCAGGAACGUGUCAAAGGAAAUAGUACUAAAACUGCUUCUUAAUGAGGGUAAAGGCUUACUAAAUCACUGGUCAGACCCUUAAACUUUGACCUCUGGCUGUAAUGUCUUUAACAGUUACUACCUGAAGCCAAAACUAGUGAAGAAGGAAGGAAAUUGUAAAUAGGGUGUUUAAUUUUUACACAAAACGUGCCAAUAGUAACUUAGUAUGAUUGAUUCUACAGAUUCGUAAUUAUCCCGGAGGCCUCGCUAGCUAAAAAGGUAUGCGUAUGAUUAUAUAUGCAUUGUAUGAUUUGUUUAACACUGUGUUCAAUUGAAGGUUGCAUUCAGUGUGUAUUCAGGGUUCAUGGGAAUUGUGGAGUAUUGUUUUUUCCUUGCAAAGACAUCUAGCAAUAGCAAAGCUGACCACACUAUCACCAGUGGCGAAGCUAAAGAGGAGACCUGGCCCACCCAAAAAAAGGCCCACUUAAAAUUAGGGGUUUAAACUGUGGUCUUGUUAAAAUUCUUCACAAAACCCAGAUCUAGCUUGCUUGGAGCUUCCGCUUUAAGAAGCUGCAGUGAGUGACGUAGGCUAGUUCAAUAAGGGUUUUACUUUCUCUAAAACAGACCACCUUGUGCCUUUUUUGCCCCUGAGACUCGUACAAUGUAAUGAGAUGAUAUAAUGUGUGAAAUGUAUUAAAAUUUGUCUUAACACUGGAAUGCACUGUCAGACUUAAAAGUCAAAAUAGUCAGAACAGUGAUUCAAUAAGUAAUGCAUGAUACAAUGUUGAAACGAAGUCACAUUUAACCGAUGUAAAAUACAUUUAGCAAACAUCAUGGCUGUGUCUGUGAUUAUUUUUAUUUCAUCACAGAAAUUACAGUAGCCUGGUUUAGUUUUAUCAGUUGGUGUAGCUUGUGCUGUAUUGUGUGUGUGUUGUGUAUAAAUGAAAUGGUUUAAUAAAAAUGUGAUGAAGUAGUGCACAA